AUGCUGAACCAAACUUCAAUCACUGAAUUCCUUCUCUUGGGAAUAACAGACAUCCAGGAACUGCAGUCUUUUCUCUUUGUUAUUAUUCUUAUAAUUUACUUUCUCAGUUUGGCUGGAAAUGGAGCCAUCCUGAUAGUUGUCAUCUCUGAUCCAAGACUUCAUUCUCCUAUGUAUUUUUUCCUGGGAAACCUGUCAUGUCUAGAUAUCUGCUACUCCACGGUGACUCUGCCAAAGAUGCUGGAGAACUUUCUCUCUACACACAAAGCAAUUUCUUUCUUGGGAUGCAUAAGCCAGCUUCACUUCUUCCACUUCCUAGGCAGCACAGAGGUCAUGUUGUUGGCUGUGAUGGCCUUUGAUCGCUAUGUAGCUAUCUGCAAGCCACUUCGUUACACUGUUAUCAUGAAUCAUCAGGUCUGUACCCAGAUGGCUGUCACUGUCUGGAUCAUUGGGUUUUUUCAUGCCUUGCUGCACUCAGUAAUGACAUCUCGUUUAAACUUCUAUGGUCCCAACCACAUCCAUCACUUCUUCUGUGAUGUUAAGCCAUUGCUCAAGCUGGCCUGUGGGAACACUGAGCUCAAUGAGUGGCUACUUCAUACUGUCACAGAGACCAUUGCCAUGGGCUCAUUCUUUCUAACCCUUCUCUCCUAUUUCUACAUUAUUAUCUAUCUUUUCCUCAAGACUCAUUCUUGUAGCAUGCUUCGUAAAGCACUGUCUACUUGUGUCCACUUCAUGGUAGUUGUUCUUUUAUUUGCUGUUUUUUUCAUUUACAUUCAUCCUGCCUCAGGUAGCUCCAUGGACCAGGACCGGACUGUUGCCAUUAUGUACAGUGUGGUCUCUCCUGUACUAAAUCCACUGAUUUAUACCUUGAGGAACAAGGAAGUAAAAGGGGCCUUGAAGAGGGUGAUCAGAAGGAGGCCCUGA